UAAGAAAUUUAAAAAUAAGACGUCGUCAUAAUAUUUCAAUAUUUAAAUUUGAAUAUCGAAUCACGAUUAGUUCUUAAAUGUUAGGGCGCUGCAGUUGUCGAAAAUAAAUUUCUUUAUAAUUCCUAAUAUAUAUUUGCAAUUUUUAUAAAUUAACAAAUUAUACUAUCAAUCCAGAAAAUUAUUAAUGAUGAUUUAUGUCAUCAAUAAACUCUUAAUAUUUAUAAAUAUUUGAACAUGUAUCUAUUACUAAUUUUUUGAUAUCAUUAGAACUCUGACAAUAUAUAUGAUUAUUGUUUAUUUAUCAGAGUUAUAAAUUGUGCUCUUUUGUAUCGUACUUAUAUAAUUUAAAUAUGAUGACUCAAAAGUAUCUUUAUUUUAAUACGAGAAUAUGUCCAAUACUACAUAAACAAUUAAAAAAUUUAUAUUUUCAUAAAUACAAUUACUCUAAAACAAAAGAUGUAAAUAUAGAAGAUAGCGAAAGGAUGACACAUUUUGGUUUUAAAGAAGUCAAAGAAAGUGAAAAAGCUAAAGAAGUUCAUACAGUGUUUGAAAAUAUUGCAAACAAAUAUGACAAAAUGAAUGAUAUAAUGAGUUUAGGUAUUCAUCGGCUUUGGAAAGAUAUAUUCAUUCAAGAAUUAGCACCUACUCAUGGAACUCGUCUCUUAGAUUGUGCUGGUGGUACAGGAGACAUAUCAUUUAGAUAUAUAAAUUAUUUGAAAAAUACCAAAAAUAUUAAUAAUAUAGAAAGCUAUGUAACAGUUUGUGACAUAAAUGAAUAUAUGUUAGAUGUUGGUAAAGUAAGAGCAGAAAGAUUAGGAUAUACAGUAAAAAAUAACUGUAACAUUGAAUGGAAGAAAGAAGAUGCUGAAAAUCUUAACUUUCCUGAUGAAUCAUUUACAGCAUAUACAAUAGCAUUUGGUAUAAGAAAUGUUACUCAUAUUGAUAAGGUGUUAUCAGAAGCAUAUAGAGUACUUAAACCUGGAGGUCGAUUUCUAUGUUUAGAAUUUACUCAUCUUGAAAAUGAUUUUUUACAAUGGCUUUAUGAACAAUAUUCUUUUCAAGUUAUACCAGUGAUGGGUACAUUAGUCACUGGGAAAUGGGAACCUUAUCAAUACCUUGCAGAAAGUAUAAAAAAGUUUCCAAAGCAAGAAGAAUUUAAACAUAUGAUAGAUAUGAGUGGUUUCAGAAAUACUAGUUAUAAAAAUUUAUCUUGUGGUAUAGUAGCAAUACAUUCAGGAUUUAAAAUCUAAAGAUGAUAAUAUUGCUAUAAAAAUAUGAAUGUGAAUAUAUCUAGAAAUAUCUACAUAUUUAUUACUCUAAUAUUACAUAAAAAUUAUUUUGUAUAUAUUGUGCUAUUUCUGUUUCACUAUUUAAAAAAAGGAAAGAAAAAGUAAAUAAAAAUGAUUUUAACAAAUGGAUGUAUUUUUAUAAUUUGAUUAUUGCUCACGUUUUUAUAUUUACAAUUUACUUUUUACUGAUUAUUAAAAACAAUUUAAAAAUAGCGCCAAAUAUUGAUAUAUAUUGGUAUCAGUUGUCCAAUUGAAAGCAUUCUUAUUGGCGAAUCAGAAAUACAUCGUAUAUUCAUUAUGCUCAGUUCACAAGUUUUGGCAAAAUAACCAUAGUGAGAUACAUAUAAUGGAGUGAGACAGAUAUGAUGGUUCGCGAGUAAACUAAUAUCAUUUAUUUCAGUUCCAGAGUCUGACAUGAAAUAUUAAAAAUGACUAGCAUUUUUAUGUAACAUUGGCAAUAGUGAAUAAUCAUUAUGAAGCUAUAAUAUAGCUAUCUACUGUACUUCCAAAUAAUUUUGGAAAUGAGGUAAUA